AUCUGUUAUCCUUAUGCCAUAAUAUUUGUUCUAUGAUCAGUUCCUCUUUCCGGUUAAAACGUGUGUGGUGAUAGGUGAAAAUGGUCCAACGUCUAGUGUAUAGGCGACGCCUGUCGUAUAACACUAAAAGUAACCGAAGACGAAUAGUUCGGACGCCAGGAGGGAAGUUGGUUUAUCAGUACCUGAAGAAGCCCAAGAAGAUCCCCAGAUGUGGUCAGUGCAAAGAUAAGCUGAGGGGCAUCCAGCCGGCUCGGCCAAUGGAGAGGUCACGCAUGUGCAGAAGGAAAAAGACUGUGAAGAGGGCUUACGGAGGUGUACUGUGUCACAAGUGUGUGAAAGAAAGGAUUGUUCGUGCAUUCCUCAUUGAAGAACAGAAGAUAGUGGUUAAAGUUUUAAAAGCACAGCAAGCAUCAGUGAAGGCGAAGAAGGCUGAAAAAUAAAACUUGUUAAUAUGUUUGUAAAGUAAAAUAAAAAUGUGAUCUUCAGAUUA